AUGGCAACUGCCUCGACAUUUGUUGACGAGGGUUCAUCAGUCAUCACUAUCUCUGCCGAUGGCGAUCAACAACAAUCUGAACUAGUUGAACCUCGUUCGCAUUCGCCCACUUUACUUUUAACAUUAGAACGUCCUCCUACCGGUCCACGUGUUCGUUGGACAGAAGAAACCGUUGAUAAUGAAUUUAUGAAUAAAAAGAAAUCAAAAUGUUGUUGUAUUUAUGUAAAACCAUCUGAAAUUGGUGAUGAAAAUGAGAAUGAUGAUGAUGAUACGAAUAAACGUAGCGAUGAUAAUGAGUUUAGUCAUUGUGAACAUUGUCGAUAUCAUGUGACAUCUGAUUAUCAAGCAUCGAACGAUCCUGAUAGACCGAAUAGAAUUAAAAAAGUUAAAUUGAAAAUCGACGAUGAAAAUGCACAAAGCAAUGAGAAUAACAAUAAUGAUAAACAAUCAACUUAG